CAGAGACGCUGCUGGUAUCAUUUUACUAUAAGUGAUCCCCAAUUCCCAUGAAGCAUGAACGAUUAAUAUUUAGCUCUUCUUAAACUAAUAUAUAUAUAUAUGAGAAAACUCGCAAGUCAUAAACAGUAAAGAAACAGAAAAAUUCGUUUGAAAAUUUUGGUUUUAUUAGGUUGACAGUGUGAGACGAUGAGAAGUAGAAUCAAUAGUGGUAGUAUUAUCUAUGCGUGUCAAGUAUUUUUGAUACUCUCGUUGUGUAUUUCAACCAGCUAUGCUGCUGCUCCACCUAUGCCAUCAUCGUCUAAUUCGACCUUGAUAGAAGAGGAAUGCAAAAGUGAGUUUGCUAAGGUUGGAUUAUGCUUAGACUUUGCAACUGGUAAGGCAAAAACUCCACCGAAAGAUUGUUGCGCAACCAUAGAUGAUAUCAGGCAGGAAAAUGAAGUUUGUCUUUGUUAUGUGAUUCAACAAGUUCACCAAGGUGGUUCUUCUUUGAAGGAACUAGGUGUUCAAGAAUCCAAGCUUCUUGAAUUACCAAAGGCUUGUAAGUUGGAGGUCAAACUCGAAGAUUGUCCAAAGCUUUUACACUUGAAUUCAACAUCUCCUGACAAUGCCAUAUUCACCAAUUCUUCAACAGCAUCCUCAGCAGCUGAACCCACUCAUUCGUCCCAGCAAGCAACUGUGCCCGAGAAGAAAAACACAUCUUCCUCGGCUAGAUUUGUACGUGGAUCUACACUAACAGGCGCUAUUUCCAUCAUCGUCUUGAUCAACUAUAUGUUCUUUUCAGCUUAAUUAGGAGAAGCUAGAAGCCAUGCAUCGUAGUUGUUACCCUUUUCUUUCUUUCAAAGUUUUAAGUUAUGUGUCAAUGAUUCAUAUAUUAGAUCGCCGGUAGCUACUAGUAAUCAGGGAUUUAAUAAGUUUGGCAGUUAAACUACUCUCAGUUUUAUC